AUGUCUUUCAAGUGUCCCUCGACUGAAACACAACACGUCGACUACUCAGACGCGACCUCGCGUCCAAAGUCCCAAGCUAUCAAUGCCCGGUUAAUCUUCGCCUGUACAAUAUUUGGUGCCGCGUCCUUCUUGUUUGGAUUCGACGACAAGAUCAUUUCUCCUGUUGCUGCAUUACCGGGUUUUGUUGAGAAAUUCCAAGGACCUAACCCAGUCACUGGAAAAUAUGUCCUCACGGCUCGCAAUCAAAAUCUGGUCUUCUCUCUUCCAUUGGUGGGAUCCGUCAUCGGAGGUCUGCUUGCUUCGCCAAUGAAUUUCCACCUGGGUCGCAAAUGGCCAUUGAUUGUUGCAUAUAUCAUCUCGGUGGGUGGCGGAUUGCUGCAGGUCUUUGCACCGAAUUUUGGGGCCUUUGUGGGAGGUCGUUCUAUCAAUUCGGUUGCCUUGGGUAUCAUAAAUGCAACUGCCCCUUUGUAUAUCUCCGAGGUAUUGAUCCUUUACCGCUUGUUCGAUGUUCAAUCUCGCUUAUCCUUACUCUUAGGUGGUUCCCACCUCUAUACGCGGAAGAUCUGUACAGCGGUGGUAUUCAGAACGGAAAAGAUCCAUGGGACUCUAUCGUACCAGAUCCCAAUGGCUGUACAGUGUGUUCUGCCUGUGCUUCUUCUUUUCCUAACAGUGUCUCUUCCAGAAAGUCCACAAUGGCUGGUUGGGAAGGGAAAUAUAGCAGACGCUCGACACAGUCUACGGAAAUUACGUGGGUUCAGCGACGACGAGGUUGAAGAUGAACUCCGUCUCAUGAGGCUGUCUGAAGAAAGGGAGCGCCAGCUACACGCCCAGACCAAGUUCUGGCACAUAUUCCAGCGACAGCACCUCAAGCGUACCCUGACUGCCGGCUCAUUCUUCUCUCUUAAUCAAAUAUCAGGCAUCAUUCUUUCAUCCACAUAUACAACUGUCUUCCUUACAGAACUGGGCAUUGCAGAUGCCUUCGCCCUCACAAUCAUUUCAUCCUGCUGCACAUUAGCCGGCACUAUUGCUGCACCCUUCGUCAUCGACCGUGCCGGUCGACGUCCCACGGCAUUCAUCGGAAUGGGGAUUCUGUUCAUAAUUGACGCCGUGGCCGGUGGCCUAGCCUUCGACAGAGGCAAUAAGAAAGCCACUAUGGGAAUUGCCGCCUUGUCCUUUGUAUUCAAUUUCUUCUGGGCAGCUUCCUUUUUCUCGUUGUCGAACGUCAUGCCCUCCGAAAUGGCAACCCCUAAACUCCGCCACCACACCAUGGCCUACACGAUUGCUUGUGCACAAACAACUGCCGUUAUCACGACUCUCGCUGUUCCGCAGUUGACUUCGGCGGAUGCGGCUAAUCUUGGCGCGAAGACUUAUCUCAUCUUCGCUGGAUGCAUGGCUGCCAUCAUUGUCUUUUUCUACUUUUUCAUGCCGGAGACGCGGGGUCGGACUUUUGCUGAGAUCGAUGAGAUGUAUGCGGCUAAGAUCCCUAUGUGGAAGUGGAGGUCGUAUGAGACUUCAUUGGAGCUGAGGUCGCGUGCGUCGAAGCGUUUGGCAUGA